AGGAAUGGAGCGGUUGUGGUAAGACGUUUUGAAACAUAAACAAUCUCUUCGGGUCUUUCUGUCUUUCGUUAAGCAAUGUUACGUAAAACUAGACACUCCUAGCAUCAGACGGAGAGUGUUGAGGCAAUGAGGGACCUGUCCACAAACCUCAGCAAGACUUUGAUUAGCACCAAUAGCUAGCACACCGGCUGCUGUCUGUCGUGUUGUGUUCAAGGACCUCGUCUCCCCUCCGUUAACAGGUGACGAAAUGGGUUUUUAUUCCGUUUUCCCUGCCUAACCCAGCUGUUUCUGCGAGUUGGGAGCGGCAGCUGGAACCAUGCAGCUUCGCCACCUAAUGUCAUAAACAUGGACGACUCCGAGCUGGAUUUUGUGGACCUCUGCUCCAAAUUGCUGAAGCGCGUCCGCAAGAAAGAACCAGGCAGACCGAGCAGGAAGGCAGAACAGCAGAGCUCCAGCCAGGCAACCCGGGGGGAAAAGAGAACGGUUGAUGGGCAGGAUGAGGAUAAUCUGUCCAGGUUUUCAGCCACUGGGUCGGAGGUGGUCUGUGGAGGAACUGGGCGUGACUCCGAGGAUGCUGUUCAGGCUUCUGCUUUUCCUCCAGCCAAAGCAAAAGACAAGGUACUCCACAGGAUGCAAGAGUUUAAGAGAGCCAGGCCACAGACGAUGAUGCACAGAAACAGAAUCGAGCCGGCAAAGACCGACGGCUGUACUGUGACUGCACAGCAUCAAAAAGCAGAUAAGGCGGCGGCGGCGGCGCCCCGCUCUGAGAUCCCAGAGAGUGACGAGGCGCUGGCCCUGCGGCUGCAGCGGGAGCUGGACAGGGAGGCGGCAGAGGCCCAGAUGGUGGACCUGGAGGACGGAGGCCUUUUCUUCUGUCAGAUCUGCCACCGGGACUUGUCACACAUGACCCCCGAGGGGCGCACACAACACCUCAACAGGUGUUUGGAUCAAAACGAACAGAGCGCGGCAUCUCUCCCCCCGCCCUCCGCUGUCCCCGACUGUCCCAUCUGCGGCAAGAAGUUCAAGAGCCAGAAGAGCCGCUCGGCCCACCUGAAGCGCUGCUCCGCGGACAUGGGCGUCUCCCCGGCCGUUCUGCUGCAAGCUCUGCAGAGACAGGCCGAGGAGAGCCGCAGUUCUGCCGUCGCCGCCAACGCACACCUAGAGACGGGCGGCGUCAAAAGGAAAGGGCCGCCUCAGCCGGAGCUUCCAGCAAGGAAGAAGCCCAGGAAGAAGGCAGAGCGGCUGGACGAGGACACCAUGGUGGCUCUGGCUCUGUCCUCCUCCCUCCUGGAGCAGCAGAAGGAACAGCAGGCUCAAAGCGGUCCGUCUCACAGCUCCGUGACUCCACUGCUGAUGUGGAAUCCAGAUGCUGCUAAAGGACGCGUUAAAAAGAAAAAGGGAGCCGUCCCUCGCCCUCCGCCACUCCUCCUAGUUCAGGACGCAGAGACCGCCCUGGCGAGGCUGCAGGACCGGGUCUCUGCUCUCUUGCUGCGCCGCCGGCCGCCCUCUCCUCCAACCCCGACGCGAAGCCCAAGCAAGCUGCCCGGCUGGACAGGUGCUGCCCCCCUCUGGCGGAAAAGUGCACUGCUGAGUGGAGGCUCCACCUCUCUGUCUGAGUUCUACGCUGCGGAGCUCCAGCACCUGUUUAUUACAAAGCCAGAUGUGGUCUUAUCAAGCAGCAGCAACCAGCCGGCGUCUUCUGCCCCGCCUGCCCUGCCCUCCUGCUCCCAGACGGAGUCCUCCUCUCCCUCCACUCCAGGGACGGGAGAGCUCCAAGUGGGAAGCCAGGCCAUCCGAGACCUGAUGGAGCUGGCUGAAGACGGCAUGACUCUGACCCAAUACGGAUACGCGGACAAAGCCAGGCACCUGAGCGGUUUCAUUCAAGAGGAAAAGUUGGAGAAUCAGGCUGAGCCGUCGGACGACACCGACACCAGCAGCCGGGCAGUGAGGAGGUCAGAUCGGCCAGAGGCGGACCGAGACGGAGCCAGACAUGAGUCGGUGGCGCUCUCCAGGCUGUCCUCAGACCUGAGCAGCAUGGUUAACAACCCUCAGCUCAGUGACCUGCAGCUCCAGGUGGACAGUGGAGAGGUCUACUUUGCGCAUUCCUUCAUGGUGUACGCUCGCUGCCCCCUGCUGGCUGAAAUGGUGCAUGAAAGUGGGUUCGGUGUGCAGGAGGAGGGCACCGCCGCAGCUCACAGGGUGUUGCUGAGCGACGUGCCGGGCGAGGCGGUGCUGGCUGUGCUGCGGUACCUCUACACCGCCCGCUGCUCCGUCGCUGCGGCGCUGCGGCCUCAUGUGCUGGAGCUGGCAUCCAGGUUUGACCUGCAGGAGCUGGAGCAGCUGUGUCGUUUCCAAACGGAGAACAUGGCGGCGGGAGACGCUGGGCUCGACGUGAACCAGGAAGAGAACAACGUCAACAACCAAACGGACCAGGCCUUCGUGGAGCUCCUUCGAUCCAUGUGGGUCGAGGAGGAGGAGGACGGAGGAGGACGGCCGGAGGACGAGGUCGCCACGGGCGACGGAGAAAUCGGCGAGGAGCGAGUGAACGAGGAGGAGCUGGAGGAGAUUUAUGAGUUCGCCGCCACACAGAGGCAGAGGGCGAAAGAGGAAGAGGAGGUGGAGGAAGAUGAGAAACCAGAACGCGUCUCGGACCGCAGCUGCAGUCGGCUUUUCUCCCAGUCCUACCAUGAUGGAGAAGCUUCAACCGCGCCUCCUCUUCUGCCUCAUGAAGCGGCGCCCAAACACUCUGCUAGGACUCUGCUUCAGUCGUCAGCAAGCAUCGCCGAUGAAUCCUCCCUCAACCUUCCCGUCCCCGGGCCGUCUCCAGGGCGACCGGCUCAGGGGGAUGGACACAGGAGAAGUGAGGAAGCCGCAGCAGAAAGCCGAGCUCGCCGCAGCGCCCCCCCUUCGCCCGCGAGGAGAGACGAGGCAGAGCUCAUCGUUCUGUCCGACUCCAGCGAAGAGGAGGGAGCCGAUCGGAGCUUCACGGGGAUCAAACCCGGCCAGAGCCCGAGUCCCAGAGAAUCGGUGUGUGGUUCCCAGUUCAGUCCCGGUGAGCCUAUCGGGUGUUCGCCAGAGCUUUCCUGGCUCGUCCCUUCCACGCCUGUCAGGUCUCCGGUCGGAAACACCAAGACCGCCUCCAUACAGACCGACAGCAGCAUGUGCAGGACGCGACUUUUCCCCAGAGUGGACCCGUCUCCCCCCACCUCGCCGUCCAGGAACACCGUCCCGACCUCCAGCACUCCUUUGAAAGCCUCCGCAGAACGCAAAGUUUCUCCAAACAAACGAAAGAGCACUGAAGCGUUCGCAGCCCACCGUUCCUUUAGAGAUUCCUCAAAGCCUGAGGCUCCGCUGCAUGCAGACCCAGAGAGGCAAAAGAAAGCGAGGACCCCUGUCUCCAAUCCUUCAGGUCAGCCCUCGUCUUCUUCUCCUAUGGAAUCCAGUGUGCAGCCUGGCGUCAGCGACAUGGACCAAGUAACAUCUGUCUCAGACGUGAGGGACUCUAGUUUCCAGCAAAGUUUCAUGGAUGAGCCUCCGAUAGCUUUUAACGACUCCUGGGGCCUGGACGCCUGCGCCGAAGGCGACCCGGGCGGCUUCAGCCUGAAGCUGGACGACACCGAAGAGUCCAGCUCUGCAGGGAGACCCGGAGUGACCAGUCCGACAGCUACAAGCAGCGUCCAGAACCCUGCUGCAGGUCCAGCCUCGCUGACCACGUCAGAGGUCCACAACGACCUGCUGGACUCCAAAAUAUGGGGCAGCUGGGAGGACGAUGGAGGAGCAGGAGAGAUAGAGGAGGAGGAAGAGGGAGAGGGAGAGGAGGAGGAAGAGGAGGAGGGUCUUCCUCUGUCUCAGAGAGCGAACCCGGCGGCUCAGGUCAAAACUCCAAAGACGUGGAAGCAGAAGCGGCGGCGCCCCCCGGUGCCCAUCACGCCCACGCCUCACUACUCUGACAUGGACACGCCUGAGCUCAAGAACAAACUCAGCAGCUUCGGCGUGCGGCCUUUACCGAAGCGUCAAAUGGUCCUCAAGCUGAAGGAGAUCCACCAGUACACCCACCAGCUGACCAGCUCCGAGGAAGAGGAGGAAGAAGAGGGGCCCCUCAGCGGGGCGGUCUCCUGCGCCCGCUUCAAAGAGCCCCCGGCGCCCGCCGCCGCGUCCCCCGUCAAAACGUACCAAGAGGAAGCCGGCGAUCAGCUCUCUGCCUCCCAGGGCUCAAACGCCUCAUCCACCGCCGCCAGCGACGAGUCGGAAAACAGGUCCAACCCUGAGCUGGUUCUCUCCUCCGGCGGCGACUCGGACAGCGACGUGUCGUCCUCUCAGGCCGCCUCGCGCCUCCAGGACCGCCUCCAGGCGGUGCGCUCCUUCAUCCUGUCCGACUCCGACCUGUACAGUCGGAUCCUCCAGUACCAGCCUCUGGUUCUCUCCCAGCUCCAGCAGCAGCUGAAGGCGGCGGGGAUCCGCCUGGGCGCCGCCAAGCUGGUGGACUACCUGGACUCCCAGUGCAUCACCUUCACCACGGCCAAGCCGGGCCAGCAGGCGGCCGGCCGCAGGCGGGGCGCGUGGACGGGCCGGGGGCCGAUGGGGGGCGGGAGGAAGAACAGAGCUUUAAAACGCUAAUUUGAUGUAGAAAAUGUGGGGGGGAAAAUGUCGAUUUUACGUGUGGAGCUUAAUGUCUGGUUGAAUCUGUUUUUAAAUUCUGAGGCGCUUACACCAAUUUAAACGUUGUAAAUACUUGAUAUUUUUUUAAGAGGUUUCGGAUUUUGGGAGUUCACUUUUUAUAUGUUGCAUUGUUAAAAUAAAACGGAAGUGUUUGUUGUA